AAUAAAACAGAGAGAUAAAAUCAUGAAACUCCUAAACUUAUUUAUGUAUGCAGACGUUUUGAUGCUGGGAAUGGUGAUAUGGAUUGUGCCCACAUACGGUCAUGAGCCACACCCACACCCACACCCACACGAGUCUGGUUGGGUUGAUGGCCGUGCCACAUUUUACGGUGACAUCAAUGGUGGAGAAACUCAACAGGGAGCUUGUGGAUAUGGUAAUCUACACAAACAAGGAUAUGGUCUAGAGACAGCAGCACUAAGCACGGCACUAUUCAACAACGGGUCAACGUGUGGGGCUUGUUACGAGAUAACGUGCACGAAUGCUCCAGAAUGGUGUUUGCCUGGCUCUAUCAAGAUCACAGCUACAAACUUCUGUCCACCAGAUUACUCCAAACCCAAAGAAUGUUGGUGCAACCCGCCACAAAAACACUUUGAUCUCUCACAACCAAUGUUCCUAAAAAUCGCCAAGUACAAAGCUGGGGUUGUCCCGGUUAAAUUUAGACGUUUUCCUUGUGCUAAAAUCGGAGGCGUCAAGUUUGAAAUCAAAGGAAACCCUCAUUUCCUAAUGAUCUUACCGUACAAUGUGGGAGGAGCUGGAGAUGUCAGGGCCAUGAAGAUUAAGGGAACAAGGACCGAGUGGAUACCAAUGAAGAAGAACUGGGGACAGAUUUGGAGCAGUGGUGUUGUGUUGACCGGACAAUGUUUAUCGUUUAGGGUCACGACAAGUGAUGGAGUUACGAAAGAUUUUAUGGACGUGACACCGCCAGAUUGGGGAUGUAAUGGACAGAGCUUUGAUGGAAAGAUUAACUUUUAGGAGAAGAAUUUGAGUCUUGUUCGCUAACGCUUGCAAUCUAUUAAGAAGCUGGAGGGUUAUUGGUAGGUUACUUGCAAUUUUUAAAAAUAAUUCAUUGUUAUUGGUUUACGAAUUCGAAUAUUCGAUGAUUUUCUAUUUCUAAUCAAAAUCUUGUUUUUUUUUUUACGUUUUCUUUGUUACCAAUUUCCUAAACCUUUUGUUUUUUAUUUAUUGACUUAUGGAUGUAUGUAAAAUAAGCUUAAGAUCAAUAACAUUCAAAACUUUUGGAA